CAAUACUUUUAGACCCAGGUGAGUUUCGACGUUCAAGUGGAGGGGUCAGGGGACACCGCCCAGGCUAAGCCCAGGGUCCGUUCUCCCCAAUAACCCACCGGUACCUAAAGUUAGUACUGCAGGAAACCACUAUCGGUCCUCUCAUAAGGCAGCAAUACCAUCCUCUUCUCCUUUCAGCCCUUGCUUUCAUAAUUCUCUAUUUCCUUUCUCACUAGCACAAUUUACCGUGACAGCUCGAUAUCAUCUCAAUCCCGUCCCACAGUCAACAAAUCUUGCCAUGAAGAAGUUUGGCUUUGGAAAGAAAGGCGAUGAUGGUGAUGACGCCAACCGCCACGCCCUCUUUGGUCGCAAGAAGUCGUCUCAAUCUAGUUCCUCUGAGAACCCUUACGCCAAACAAGGCGGAAAAGACCCCUAUGCCGACGAUGCAAAGUAUGCCAACGUAACCCCUUAUCAGCAAGCCCGCGCUGGUCUCAACAACGGCCCUGGCGCUCCUGGCGCCCAGGCUCCGAAUUCCUACGGUGCUCCCGCUCCUGCACAAGGAAGCUUCAACUCUCAGCCCCAGCCUCCGAGCGGAUACGGUGCUGACCGAUACGGAUCCGGCGGCGGCUACGGUGGAAAUCGAUAUGGCGACUCUGCUCCUCAGAACAGAUACAACAGCCCCGGCCCAGCUGCUGGUGCAAGAGGCCCCGGUGGCUAUGGUGGUUUUGGACCGAGUGAGCCUGACACCAACAGAGACAACUUGUUCGCUGGUGCUCAGGAACGCCAGGCCCAGAAGCAACAACCUACCAACAACGGUCCACAGUCAGGAGCCGACGGCGGCUCGUACGGCGGUUAUGGUGAGGAGCGCGAGUUGACCGCUGAGGAGCAAGAAGAAGCUGAAUAUCAAUAUAUUCUGGCGGAGAAGCGACAACUUCAGCAGGACAGUGCAUCCUCAGUCAGCCGGUCGGUACAAAUGGCUCGGCAAGCCAACGAAGUCGGUCGCGCCACCCUAGCUCGCCUGGGAGCUCAAGGAGAGCGAUUGAACAACACGGAAAAGCAUCUUGAUCUAGCUGCCAACCAGAACAAGAUUGCUCAAGACCGGGCUGCCGAACUCAAGACACUCAACGGAAGUAUGUUUGCUGUGCAUGUCAGCAACCCUUUUACCUCCAAGCAACGAAAGCAAAAAGCGGACGAUGAGGUCAUGGCACGCCAUCGAUCUGAACGAGAACAACGAGAAGCCACCCGCCGUGAUGGUUUCCAAGCCAACCAGCGCAUGGAAGGCAACUUCAGAGACAUGAACACCGUGGGCCGGCCACGACAGCAACCUCGUAAGAAGGAAUACGGCAAAUAUAACCUUGACGAUGAGGAGGGAGCGGAUGAGCUUGAGGACCAGAUCGAUGAUGGCAUCACCGAGCUUGAGGGCCAAGUGUCCAUGAUGAAUAUGGUCGGCAGAGCUAUUGGCAAGGAGGUUGACUCGCAGAACAAGCAGAUCGACCGUAUUAUGAACAAGAGCGAUGCUGUUGACGAUGCCACGAGAAUGAACCGAGAACGAUUGGCCCGUAUCAAGUAAAGGGCAAUUGAUAACACGAUGAUACACAGCAACUGUGUUGGGAUAGGGGAGGAUUAGCACGUCGGGAUUUAAUAUGUCUAUUUAGACGUUUCCAUUACAGAACUGCAGGUUAAGUCCUGUCUUGGUCGUGAUCAAUUGUAUAAACCAACUCAAAAGAAUCCGGGUUUUGGAGCAUUCUAAGGGACAUGUAUACAUGAAAAUCGAAUCACUGUUUAAUCGUCUAAGAAGACGGAUAUUGAUGCUUGCGGGAUUUUGAAACCAUGUAUUAGGCGUCUAAGGUAUCGUAUGCCGCCUCUGAAUCUUGACUUCGUCGACGAG